AAAAAAAUAAAAAAUUUAAAAAAAAAAAAUGGAUACAAAAUUUCACGACGAUCUUGCACAAGAUCUUUCGUUAAUGUUAAAUAAUUCAGAUGAUUAUAAUGUAAUUAUUCAAGUUGGAGAAAAUCAUAAUAUGAAAGAAUUUCGUAUCCAUUCAAAUAUCUUGAGAGCUCGUUCACCUUAUUUCAAGAAUGCACUUUCUACACUUUCGGGUAGGUCUUCUAAAAGGAAGACUGAUAAUUCUAAAAGAAAUGACAUUAUUGAAUUUAAAAAACCAAAUAUUAACCCUAAUUCUUUCGAAUUAAUUCUCAAGUACAUUUAUACGGGUGAAGUAGAUUUAUCUAAACAACCAGGCGAAGAUAUUCUUGGAGUUUUGGUUGCAUCAGAUGAACUUCAACUCGGAAAAUUAUUUGAUCACGUUCAAGAUCAUUUAAUUGAAAAACAAUCAGUCUGGGUUAAACAAAAUUAUGUUCUUGUUCUUCAUACAAUUUUCAAAUUAUCUAAUUGUAAAAAAUUGCAGGAUCAUUGUAUUAAAUCUAUCUGUGCAGACCCAAAACCAUUUAUUACUUCAGAAAAUUUUCCAUCUCUUGAUAGGGAUAUUGUGUAUGAAUUACUUAAACGUGACGAUUUACAAAUUGAAGAAGCUGUUGCUUGGGAUCAUUUGAUUAAAUGGGGUAUCGAACAAACUCCUGGCUUAGGAAGUAAGAAUAACGAUAGAGCUAAAUGGAGCGACAGUAAUUAUAAAGCGUUAAAAAGAACGUUAAGUCAUUUUAUUCCUCUAAUUCGAUUUGUGGAAAUUUCUCCUGCUGAUUUUUAUGAUAAAGUUCGUCCCUAUAAAGCUGUUAUCCCUGAAUAUAUUUAUGAAGAUAUUACUGAAUUCUAUUAUAAAAAUACUUUACCAGAAGCCACUAUUUUACCGCCACGAAAUGCUAAGGUCCGAAUUGAAUCAAAGCUUAUUAAACUAAAUCUUGCCGGUAUAAUUGCUGGCUGGAUCGAAAGAAGAAAUGAAAAAGAAUUAUCACACAAGUACAAUUUUGAUCCUCUUUAUCGUAGUAGCCAGGAUGGGGUUAAUACUAACACAUUUCGAACUAAAUGUAAUAAUCAAGGUCCAUGUUUAGUAUUAGUCAAACAUCAACAAUCAGCAAAGAUUUAUGGAGGUUACAAUCCACUUGGAUUUAUGGGUUACGGUGGACAAUGGUGUAAUACAACUGAAAGUUUUAUAUUUUCUUUUGAAAAUGGCAGAGAUAUUCAAAACAUGAAAAUAAGUCGUGUAAAUAAUGGCUAUAAUAAUUAUGCAAUAUACGAGGAUUACAAUCAGGGAUUUAACUUUGGUAACGUAUUUUAUAUGAAUAGUGAUCAAAUAUAUUUUAAUAAUAAUGGCUAUUAUGAUGGUAACAUUAAUAAUGUUGGAAGUCCAUACCUAAAUAUUAAUUUUGUUCCGGAGGAAAUUGAAGUCUUUAAAAUAACUACUUCGUGAUUCAAUUAAUUAAAUAUAGUCAAAAAAUAACUAUAUUAUAAUUUGUCCAUAACAAAAGAGUAUUUUCCCACAUGUACUGUAAUUACAUACAGUAAAUGACAUAUUUCACAUACUUCACAUACAAAGCAUUCUCUUAUUCAUGAUAAUCAUAAAUAAUACAGUGUGUUUAACUAUAAACGAUCAUUUUGUGGGAAGAUUACUAUCGUAACGUCUAAUUAUGUAAUUAUUUCAUCAUAUGAUAUAUGUUGCUAAAUUUUCUCAUGAUUAUGAACAAUUAAAAUUUACCUCAAUAUGACGUCAAUAAAAUGAGGAGCGUGUGAUAAUUUAUUAGAACAUUCUUUUUGAUCUUCUUAAUUCAGAAAUUUUAAUCAAUUUAAUCAAUAUUUUUGUAUAUUUAUAUCAAAAAAAA